UACCAUGAAAGUAACGCAGGAGUCAGCGGCAGGCAAUAGCAAAAACGCAAAUCCCAAAUUCCCAAAAGGAAUUGCAGUUAACGGCUGACCAACCAAAAUCCGAAGGGCCAAAUGAAAUGCCCAAAACCAAAAGAUUCAAACUUUUCCAACAUUUUCACUUCACUCUCCGUCAUUUAGAUGCUAAUUAGAGCAGAAUUUUGACGCACUUUGAGCGAAUGAAUGAAUAAUGCUCAAAGCUAUUCAAAUUCUGGGUUCAUCUUCUUCCGGGUUUGUUUCCUAUACAUUGAGGAAGCCACACCCCAAUUGCAAUCUCUCUUUCAUUUCGAUUAAAUCCCUUCCCUCCUCAUCAUCAAAGGCAACUUUACCGGCCUUCCUAUUACGCUAUUAUCACACGGGGGGCCGUUUCUCUGGAUAUAGAACCUUCCGAAUGUAUUCAUUUCAUCCCGACGGGGCAUCUUCAUCGCCAUCUGGAGGAGCAGCACCGUAUUCUUCUGCUUCGUCCGCGGCGGUUCAGCCUACUGUAGGUAUUCGCAAGAUCAAGUUUUGCCAGUCAUGUGGUGGCUCCAUGAAGCAUGAGAUUCCUGAUGGGGAGGAGAAGGUGAGAGCUAUUUGUACCGUUUGUGGGAGGAUUGCUUAUGAGAACCCAAAAAUGGUUGUUGGCUGCCUUAUUGAGCAUGAUAACAAGAUACUGUUGUGCAAACGGAACAUUCAGCCAUCACAUGGCCUUUGGACACUUCCUGCCGGUUACCUGGAGAUGGGCGAAUCUACAGUAGAAGGCGCAAUGAGAGAAACCUGGGAAGAGGCAGGUGCAGAAGUUGAAAUUAUCUCACCGUUUGCUCAGUUGGACAUCUCGCUUAUUGGCCAAACAUACAUAAUUUUCUUGGCCAAGUUGAAGAGACCUCAUUUUUCGCCCGGUCCAGAAUCAUCAGAGUGUCGGCUUUUUGAGCUUGGAGAAAUCCCCUUCGAGUCUUUGGCGUUCUCAUCCAUGUUGGUCACUUUGAAGUUGUACAUAGAAGAUAAAAAAGUUGGAAGACCAAUGUUUCACUAUGGCAUCAUUAACAAGAGGCCUGGCACCAGCCCCUCUGAGAUUCAUGCCUACACCCUCGAUAAUCAUGUGCAGUGUUGAUGAAUGGCGAUUUGGUUCGUCUUCUAAAUCUUCCCCGUUCCCCAUUGUAAGAUUCCCAGUUUGAUAUUAACUCGACACGCUUGAAACAUCAGUUUUCUCUUUUUCAUGAUCUGAACCAGUUCUGCUGUUCACUCCAAUCUGUUCAUUGUCAAAUGAGAAAAUCUUAUGUGUUUUUGGCAUUCGGUUCAUCAAUGGUGUAUAGAUACUAUAUCCCAACCAUGCAUAAAAUAUUCUCUUUCGUUCGUUA